AUGGUGACGCGUGAGGUCUCCGCGGCAUCUGUCGGCUUGUACGUGCUCCGCGCGCCGGUAUACACUGGUUUGCCAUCUCCUGUGCCGCGACGACGCGUUGAUCAGAGGGCCGUUGCUCAGGGUUCCCCGGUGGACGACCCGCAUGGGGAAAUGGACCGUGCGCUGAACACAGGGCUUUCAGGUCCUUUAAACUGGAACGGCAGGCAUCCGGAGGGGUGUGCCUGUCCGCGGGAUUGGUUCAUCCAUCCCGGAAAGCCCCCUCAUGUGUCUCAGGUGGCGUGGGCGGCUAUGAACCCGCAGGUGCGCAUCCAACACCGCACGUGGCUGGAGAACCUGCGCGCGAUGCCCCAGGAUCUCUUGUCGCUCCCGCUGCACACGGCGGCGGUCGAGCUGGUGCGAAGGAUGGGCUGCGCACGCCAUUGGAAGUGGUCGACGAUGGCGCGACACUACGCGUCCAUUCAGGCCGCUCUACUCCAGCUGCCCCUCUACACAAACCAGACGCGGCCGGUGGACUUGGCCCGGGAACCGGAGUGGCGCCAAGCUAUAUCGGGAGCCCGACGUUUCGAGCGCGAGUCGGAGCCACAGCCGCCGGUGCCGUUGUCGGUGGAGGAGUACAAGCGGGUCUUGACUGCAGUCCGCGUCGACCCCGAGUCUCACGCUUUUCUUGUGCUGAUGUGGGCCUGCGCUGCGCGGCCUGGCGAUGUGACGAACCUGCUCGUCAAGGACAUUCAUUUUGCAGAAGAGGUAGCACCCCGUUCGGUCCGCAUGCAGGUGACGGUGCGUCGGGGAAAAGGUGCCCGGUUCCGCGGGCCGUACACGAUCCCGACAGUUUUGAGCCGCGAGGAUGCCAGCGUGGUGCAACGCAUCAUGGCGAACCGUCCACUCGGGGGCAGAAUAUUCCCCGACGAUAUCCCGCUGCGCACCCGAGUGCGAGAGGCCAUCCGUGCGGUGAACUCGUCGGCGGCGCUUCCGUCGCUUCGCAAGGGGGCCACCAGGAACCUAGCGGCGCAAGGGGUGCCGGAGGCGAUCCUGAUGCGGAUCACCGGUCACACGCGGUUGGAGACCCCGCAGCGGUACCUCAACGGAGUCAUCCGGAAGAGUGAACUCCCCUCCAUCACCCGCCUAUCGCGCCUGGAGCGCCACCAACGUCUCCGCUUCACCCGCUACAUGUUCCAGCUCGACUUCGAGGCGUUCUACGACGCUAUCCCUCUGCCAGAGAUCAGGGACAAGUUCGUUUUUGUCUUGCUGGAGCUACGGACGGAGGAUGAAGGGGCAAGAAAAAAACAGGCUUUCCUGCCUGUCGUGACCAUCUCACGAUGCUCUUGCGAUUUGGGCGGACGAGCCCAUUCCGGAAAUUUCAUUUCUCUUUUCUUUUUAUGGCUGGGAAGCCUCGAACCCCCACGAGAUCGAAAACAGGACAUUUCGAAAUCAAUAGGCGAGGCUAAAUAA